AUGCAGCCCUCGCCCGUCUUCACCAAGUUCGAGCCAUUAGCACUAGCAUCACCAUCCGCAGUAGCAUUAGGUCGCAGCGCAACUUGGCCUCCCACAUCAGCAAAAACUAGCAACGCCACGUCACGCUUCACCACCACCACCACCAAUCCCAUGGGCAAUGGAACGAGAAUACAUAUAUCGCAGCCCACUACCCCAACCAUGGCUCCUGUCAAGCACCAUCAACAUCAACAUCACACCAAACCCAUCGACCUCUUCGAGUAUGACCUCGCAGAACACCCAGAGAACCACUUCCUCUCCCCCGUCCAGAUGUACGAGUACGAAGACUGGGCCGAGCACUCGGACGACGACGACGAAGCCGGAGAGAUAGAAUGGGACGCUGGCAUCACCGAUUUCGCCCUCUUCGACACAGACCGUCGACGAGCACAACAAGGCCAAGCCAUGCCCGAUCGCUGGAACAGUCUCCUACACAGCCAAGCUUCCGCCCUCCAACGCGCAGUCGAACGCAACCGCGCUACAUCUGACCCUUCCCGCCGUGGCGUCUGGACUCCCCUCGUCGACGACUUACCCCAACUCACACCCGACUCCUCCCCAAACCUCAAGGAAUCCUUCGACAUCCACGCCCACUGCCAGGCAAACACCUCCCGCGGUGCCGACCCUCGGCAGGGCCAAACUAUGCCAAUCCCCUCCUACCUCCUGGAACCCACCCCGUCCGACGAAGAAACAGACGAUGAAGACGAUGAAAUCUCCGACGCCUCCGACUCCGACUCCGACGAUGACCUCCCAGUCGCCUACCUCGUCGAACGAGCCCGUGAGCGACGCCGUCAAGCGCGCCAACUGGAGCGGCCUGGUCUAAGGUUCUCGCGUACUAUGUCCGGCAAGCAUCAUGUGUGGAGACGGCCUAGUAGUGGGAUGUAUACCCUCAGUGAAGCGCCCGAGGCGGAGCGCAAGGCGGAGAUGGGGUUUGGUAUUCAGAGUGGGGGGACGGGGGCGUCUGAGAGGGUCCUUGAGGAGGGGAGGGGACGGAGGCGGGGGUGA